CUCUUUCCCAACAUGUGAGCCUCUUGUCUCAACGCUUUGCUUGCGCAUCUACACGACACAAAGUAAACGCAACGCAAACAUGUGGAUUUUACCUCUUGUCGGCUACGUGGGAACCCUUUUGGGUUUCUGCUUUUUGACUCUCGCUAUCGCGUCUGGUCUCUAUUACCUGUCGGAGCUCGUCGAGGAGCAUAGCGUCACCGCGAAGCGCUUCCUGACGCGUCUUAUAUAUAGCGUCAUUGGGAUUCAGUUGGUUCUGUGGCUGGUGGAUGGGUUCCCAUUCUUUGCUACAGUCUUGACGAUCGUCUCCCAUGUUGUCUAUCUGGGCAACAUGAAACGAUUCCCUUUUGUGAAGCUGACCGAUCCUCUCUUCCUGGCUUCGUGUGUUCUUGUCCUGGUUAACCACUACGUAUGGUUCCGACACUUUUCCGAUGCCCAGUCCCGUGCCUACCAGCGUACCUCGUUCUACGACAAGGCCGAUGUUCCCAGCUUCGCACAGAUCGCCUCGUACUUUGGGCUUUGCGUUUGGCUUGUGCCUUUUGCGCUUUUCGUCAGUCUAUCCGCUGGCGAUAACGUCCUUCCCACGAUGGGAACUGAGCCCGUCCAUGGACUCGAUGGGAGGGGCAAGCCUCAGGGUAUGAUCAAGGCACUUGUUGAUCAGAUUCGUGGGGCAAUUGGUCAAAUCUUUGGAUCCAAUUCAUCGCCUGGACUUGCUCGACCGUAAAGGCUGGGAAGUGAUUGAAACAACAUCACAGUGCAGGCUGGACGAGCCGAAAUGCUCGUCUGAUCUACGUCGAUAACAUAAUAUUGGUCCAAUGAUCCCUUCGAGGAGAGCUUCAAUGUGUUUCUAGCAGUCAUGAUAGUUUAAUACCAAGCACAAGAAGUGCAUUGCUCAGGUGACAUGCCCCAUGACAUCGUUCGUAUCGUCGUAUCGUCGUUUCGUUUCGAAAUACAAGGGGUUCGAGACCGCAAUGGCUUGUGUACUACUGCCAGUGGACAAAGGCUAUCCGAGAGGAAGCAAUAUUUGACUGCGUGUCAUGUGUCAGCACGUAUGUACGCAUCCAAGCAACAUCUAAAGAUGAAUACCUCCAAGGCUUCUGGGUCAGCAAGUCUACUUAACACUCCCCUGUGUAGUAGGGUUAUGAAAUGGAGUGUAGGUGUUGGUGUUGGUGUUGGACGUGGGUGUCUGCGAGCUAGAUAUAACAAUUGAAUCAGGGAGAUGCCACGGCAU